AUGACUUUUUUCCAUUGGGGAGAGUUUGAUCCAAACCUAUCUGUUACUUCUUGGUUCGUAAGUUCUAGAACAUUAAAAAUUUUUCGUGUUGUGGUGACCGUUUAUUCUUGGAUUAUUCUUAUUGGACACCUGUUAGAUUAUGGAUUAUAUACUCACAGUCUAGCACAAUAUGUACAUUAUCAUGCUAUUAUUCCUUUUGUCUACUGGGGCUUACUUUCACAAGCUUUUCUCAAAGAAAAUAAUCCAUGGUUCAUCUGGUUAAUAAAUGUUUCCGUCCACGGCAUGGAGUUUGUAACCAUGAUGAUUGAAUUAUUUUUAAAUCGUCAAUUAAUGAAAAAAUCAUUCGUAUUUAUAACAAUACCUAUUCAAAUACUUUUUAUGUUUGAAGCUUUUCUUGUUUAUGAUGAACAUAAUUUUUGGAUAUAUGAUUUCUUAGACUGGCAUCGUGGCUCUCCUGGAGAAGUAGCAUCUCGUUAUAUUGGCUUUUUUUUGGCCUUUAUUGCAGUUUAUUUUUUGGUGUACGGGAUUCAUGCAUUUAGAGACUUUAUUGGAAGAAAAAAGAAAAAAUCUCAAAAAUCAUCCGAAAAUAUUGCAAUGAGCGCAGUAGCGUAG